GUCGAGCCUGCUUUUCAACUCUGCACGAGCCGAAUCCUCUCCUCUCAUCCCUUUGUGACCGAUCCUGUCUUUCAUCUCUCCAUAACCGAACCUGACCCCCAGCUCUUCGUGACCAAGCAUACCUCUCAUCCAUCCGUGACCGAGCCUUCUCAUCAGCCGUCCGUGACCGAGACAACUCUCAGUUUUCAACAGACCCUCUGCUCGGCGCUGGUUCUGCCGCGCCGGUCGACGGUCGGUCGUCGGUCGGUGGUCCUUCACAGACCCCGCUCGGCCCGCCGCCGCCGCCGCCGCCGCCGUCGUUGCCGAUGGGGCGCCGUUAUUGAUCUGCGGGCGCCGGUCAGCCGCCGGGGUCCGUGGGUGGAGGCCAGACGCGCUGACGGUGCCAGCCCGCUGCCAGGUGGUGCCCCGAGUGGCCGCCUGACCGGCCGGCCUGGGUCGCCAGGUCGGCGUCAGGUCAGACAGCAAAGCAGAGACAACCUCGCCUUGUACUGCAGUCAGGGGUGGCUCGUGAGACCCGUGGCCCCGUGGCUCCCAUUCCGCAGUCGCCAUGGAUCGGCUAAAACGGUCCCUGAAGGAGAGCAUCCGUAAGAAGCAGUAUGGCCCGGCCGUGUACCGACCCAACCAGUGGGCCAACGACGAGGCCGCCGUCAAAAACGGCAUCUGCUCCUUCCACGUCAAGUAUCUCGGCUGUGCUCAAGUUUACGAGUCUCGAGGACUUCAUGUUUGUGAAGAUGCUCUAAGAAUGCUCAAGUCCCAGCGACGCCGGGUGCGCAGUGUGCUGUUUAUCAGCGGCGACAGACUGAGAGUGGUCGCCGACGAAACGAAGGAGCUGCUGGUGGAUCAGACCAUCGAGAAGGUAUCGUUUUGCGCGCCGGACCGCAGCAGCGACCGGGGCUUCUCGUACAUCUGCCGGGACGGCGCCACCAGGCGAUGGAUGUGUCACGGAUUCAUCGCCACACGAGACUCGGGACCGGACCAGCUUGUAACGGGUGAGCGGCUGAGUCACGCCGUCGGGGUCGCGUUCGGCCUCUGUCUGGAGCGGAAGCAGCGGCGUGACUCUGAGAGCAGCACCCCCGAGCUGUACGAACUGGCACCGGGGGCCGACACUGGACUGGGUGCCUUCAGGCGGGCGUCCAUCACCGAGCGGCUCACCGACCCACAGGACUGCAAACCGGCGGAGCCGGUGCCUCUGAGAUCGGUGACAAACCCGUUUGCCGUGGAGCGUCCGCACGCUCCCACCACCAUUCUGGAGCGUCAGGGCAGUCUGCGCAUCCAGGGCCGCCAUAAACAGGCGGAGGUGUCGGCUUUCAAGCGGCAGCACUCGCUGAAGCUGGACGACCUGCCGUCCACGCAGCAGCGCGUCAACGAGACGACAUCUGACGAAGCCCCGUCUGGCCGCGAUACGUCAACAACUGAAGCUCCGGCGCGCGCCCCUGUGGCUCGGGGUCGUCUAAUGUCCCUUCCGUACGGCGGCUCGCCGUCGCCCGAGGGCAGAACUGACCUCGAGUCGGGUCGCCCGGGGCGGUUUAGUACCGAGCGGCCCCGCCAGAUGUCUCUGGCGGGCACCACUCCUCUGUUCGACAUGGCUCCUAUCGCAGAGGUACCGACCUCGGCGGACAAUCAGGAGGGUAACGUGACGCUACUGUGCAGGGAGCUGGCUCACGGCCUGUCCCAACUCAGCGGCAACCAACAGAGAAGCGGCGCAGCAACCGACGCCACCCCGCGACCUGACGACUGGCUCAACUCACUGACCAACGGACCGGCGCUGGCAGCGGCGGCGGCGCCUCACCGACGCGGCCGCUCACCGUCUCUGGCUUCUGACGCGCUCAUCUCCAGCUCCGUCCCCUGGUCAGCCGCCCCCGCCCCCGCCGCCGCCCCGUGGCCAGCCGCCGCCCCCGCCCCCGCCGCCCCCGCCACCAACCCCUUCGUGGGGCCCGCGGCUGUUACUGACGCCAAACCGUUCGAGUUGCAAAUGUAGGCACAAUGCACAUGCCAGUAUUACGAGAUAAUUCAGGACUUGUUAGGAAACAAGAAUCGGUUCUUUGGCAUCGCAUUCUUAUCGCGUGUGAAUGCCUAACAGUUCUAUCAGCUGACGAUUUUCAUUCCCCUCAAGGGAUCAUGCUGAUUGGAUUGGUUUCUCGUUUGUGUCAACGAGACUUAACGAACAUAUCAAUAUCGAAUUGCUCGCCUAGUUUAUGGUAUUUAGAAAUGCGUCGACGGUAGGUAGUAUUUAGUGAAAUAAGUGGUUAACGUUGCUUGUUGUUGAUUCAUGUGGUUUGAUUACAUUGAACAUGUGCCAGUGAUGUAUUUUAUAUGAAGCUUUAUUCGAGUAUUAAUAGUGUGUUGUUUCCACUCAAAGACUGGCGUUACAGCAGCAGGAACCUAAACAAUUAUGUAAGCUAAAUUGAUAUUCUAAUGUCCAGGCUCCUUUUUCGUGUGAUCAGCGAUGAGCUAUUGAUGAAAUACUUAGGAACUUAGCUACAGGAGAGAGUUUAACGCACAUUACGCUACAUGAUAUGUAACUUGAUCUAACACAGGCAUUGAACAGAGAUUGCUGAAAUACGAAAUCGAAGUUUCUUCGACUUUUUUCCAACACACGCACCAAUGGAACAGCGAAAGACGGCUAAUGUAACAAGAGGACCGCGUCAACAUAUAAUUUGACAAUCAAGCGAUAAUCGAAAAGAGAAUUUACACCACAGGAAGUAGGGACUGGCACAAAAGAUUUAAAUGUUUUCACGACUUAUCUCAGUUCUUAUCUUCCAGCGAGUGUGUUAGGAAGCCUUGCCCUGCACUGCGAUACAUAUGCACAAUUAGAUCAUGCCUGAUGAACUGCCUUGGGCUGUAGUGCUGCACUGAGACCGUAUCGUGCUGUAGUGUGUGAAUCGCUCGACGUGAGAUCUGACGCCGAAAAGCGCACUGCACCGCUUUUCCAGUUGACGCUGGCUGAUGCCUGUAGCGGACAGAGUGGGCGCUGAGGCUGUAUUUCCUAACGAUCAAUGUUGUGAACGGAAUGUGUGCCGGUGACAUGACUGUGACAAUAAAUAUCAGCCGUAGCGAGAAA